AUGGAAAAUAAUUCAUUCUCUCAUACUAUCCAAAAUUCAUCAUUAGCAUCAUCAAAAAAAGGUAAAUCAGAUAUGAGUUCCUCAAAAGUAACAUUACCUCCAAUUUCUACAAUAAUUAACAGUCAACAAAAUAGUCCCAAUGGUGUAAAUCCAGAUUAUACUGAUGAAGAAAGAACGAAUUCUAUGAGAACUUCUCCUUUAAUGAAUAGAGGUAUUUCAAAUACAAAUUCUAAUAACACUAGCAUUAUUAGUCCGCCUGAUGCGUGUACUAAUAUUCAACCUGUAGUGGCAUCAAUGCCAUUAGUGGUUGACUCUAGAAAAUCUUCUGCAUCUCAAGCAACUUCAUCGAAUGUAAGUUAUACUACUUACCCUACUUCAAAUGGAAUAGUGGGUCCACAACAAAGAGUCUCUUCAAAUCAAGCUACUCCUAUUGCUACUCCUGCAGGUAGUCCCAAUGGUAACUAUUUGGGUAACCAACUACAAUUACAACAAGAAAAUGAAGCUGCUUUUAUCUUGCAACAACAGCAAAUGCAACAAAUUCAAUAUCAACAGCAAUUACAACAGCAAUUACAGCAGCAACAGCAACAACAGCAACAGCAACAGCAAGGUUACUAUUAUGUAGUUACACCAUUCCAGCAACAGCAACAGCAGCAAAAGCAAUUACAACAACAGAUGCCCCAGAUCAUGCCAAUGGCUAUAGCACAAACCCCGCCACAAUUAGUAUAUCAGCAACAGCAACAGCAACCACAACAAAUAUCUCACGUUCAACAACCUAUCUCAACAUAUCCGGUAGUUGUUAAUAUGGCUCAUCCAUCUGAUAUUCCGCAACAACUACAGCUGCAACAGCAACAGCAACAGCAACAACUCAGAUCUAGAGAAUACGAAAACUCUAUGAUGUACCAAAUACCACCUCAACAAGAAGUGAUGAGAAACCCAUCUCAAUCAGUAGUGAUGCCUUCAAAUAAUGUUCCUACUGGUUUACAAGGACAGGCUGUUUCAAAACAGGAAAUGGGUCCAAACUAUGUUUCUACAGAUGGUUUGAUUCCUGUACCAACUAGCAUCCAAUCUAAUUUAAGUCUAGCCGUACGGUUACGUAAACAAUGUCCGGUAUGCGGAAAAAUUUGUUCUAGACCGUCUACUUUGAAGACUCAUUAUUUGAUUCAUACUGGUGACACCCCUUUCAAAUGUCCUUGGAAAACUUGUAAAAAGUCAUUUAACGUUAAGAGUAACAUGUUAAGACAUUUGAAGAGCCAUCAAAAGAAAACUCCUAAGGUAUCUAAGAAUACAUCAGAUAACAAAGAAGAUCAUCAGGAUGAUCUUCAAGAAAAAAUUGCAACUAACUUAGCAAAUGUUGUUGCUUUGAAAAAUGAAGAAAAAGAAAAAAAGAGUCCAGACUCUACAAUUGCAUCAGAAGAGAUUAAGAAGUAA